AUACGCCGGCCCUCCAAAAGGUGCCACUAGACUAAUUCCUUCCCCAACAAGCAACGAGACGGAGCUGAUCUCAAAAGGAAGGUCCUAACGCACUAUCGACAAGUGAAAAUGACAAAAGAAGAAAAGGACAAAGUUCAGGAGCCCGCUGCUGCAGAGGCUGAAGAUGAUGAUGAGCCGGAUGAGUGGGAGAAGCGGAUCUUCAGCACUGGAUGUGCAGGUACAGCCAAUACACCAACAGCUGGAAAGAAGAUAUUGACUGGGUUUGCAACAGACGAGAAUAUGAAGAUGACCGACUGCUACUACGAGAAGAAAGACUGGCGGGCGUGUAAAGACGAGAUGGAGGCUUUCAGGCAGUGUUGGAAGCAGCACAAUAAUGACGAGAGGACCUCAAUGAAAGAUGCAUGAUUAGGAACUUGCAGUGUAGUAUAGGAACAGGUGAUGAGCAAUUCCACUCUCAAGAUCUUAGAAAGAUGGCAAUAAAGUGAGGCCGUUGAACAGUCAACAAAGAAUGCAUCUGGAAAUGCUUGGCAG